AUGGAGGAGGUGAAGGAUCGCCCUGGUCCGUCGUCGCAUAAGCCUAAGAAAGUCCUUUAUUUAUGUUUCGGCGAGUAUUCUCCAGGCACUUCUGUUUCUUACUUUAUUCACGCCUUUAAUUUGGAGAAAAAUUGCUAUAUACUUCCAUUGGCAGAAUCCAGUAUAGUGGGUAAAACAAAUCAGCGUCUUCCCGUAUGUAUGGGUUUUGGUGUCUGCGGCUCCAACAUCGUUUUGGCAGGCGGCCUUGAACCGGAAUUCGAUGGUGGGAGUUUCACACCAUAUCCGUGUAGAGAUGUUUAUGUGUUUGACACUACGGACUGCAUUAUGAAUUCACCCCCUGUGAUACGUCACCGUCCCCUUCAACAAGGGAAGAAUUACCCCCUCAUGGUGGAGCAUGACUCCAAAUUAUAUGUUCUCUCGUCCCGAAGUUUAGUGUUAAUGUGUGGCGUACACUUCGCUCCUGCGUUCGAGAUGUUAGACCCCAAAAAUGACGAAUGGGUGACUUUGCCCGAACCCCCAAUUUUCCACCGACGCUACGUUGGAAGAAUCAGCAAUUGUGUUGUUGUAGGCACUAAUAUCUUUGUGUCAUGUUUGUCUAGUAUCUUCCGCUUUGACAUGGCUGACACCAGUCAAAAAUGGAAAGAGCACUCUUUUACAAACUGCAUUCAAUUGCCAUUAGACUUGGAUGAACGAAGUUUAGCUGUGAAAAUGAGUGACGGGAAUUGGCUAAUUUUCGCGUGUUACUCAGAAUUGUGUGAAGAGGCUGAUGAAUUCGAAGACGACGCCUACCACUGUUGCGACGAGGUCGGCUGCUUCAACCGUUCUGGUAGGGGUGUUGAUCCUCCUCAGCCUCAUCGUCAUUUUGAAUGGCAUCGUACAUCUUUGCCCGCGUAUCUCAUGUCAAGUGACUUUACAUCACUCACACGGCUUCAACCUCUGUGCCUGCCUGAUCAUCUGUUACCUACUCAACCAGGGGGUGAACUAUUGCCUAGGUUCCGUGGUCUAUUUACUGCUAAAGCGCGUGAAAUAAGUCAUAGGAUCCUCCAUUUAGGAGGUCAUGAGAUAUGUCUUAUAUUGUCCAUCGACACUGGAUUUGAGUCCAAGGGCGGAGUUCUGAGGAAGAUGCCUAUUUUUGUGAUAAGUUUCGAAUUUGAACUUUCUAACAGUAGAGACUUGGUAACCAUCAAAACGGGGUCUUGUAGUGUUCAAUGUUUUCUACUCGGUGCGAACAAUCCAAAGGCAACUAAAGUAUCCAUGCAUGGUGCCUUUUGGCUUUAUUUUGAUAAACAAUGGAACAGGUAA